ACCACGCAGUGCCCAGUGCCCUGUGGGAUCUCUGGACCUGGCUGCCCACCUGCUCACCUGCAGUGGACACCUCUGCAGUGCAGCUGGACCCCAAGGCCAACCGUGGCAGCCAGCGAUCUUGACUGGGCUCCUGGAGAGGGGGGGCAGCAGGAAGGGGAUAAAGAUGAGGGCUGAGGGCCAGGCACCGCCCGCCCAGGAUGGUCCUGCUGCCCGUCCUGCUGAGCCUGGCGCUGCAUCCGGCUCCUGCCCUUCAAGACUUCGACCCUCAUGAGGUCGUGUACAGAAAUUACAGCUUGUCAAAGCUUGAGGGGUACUGGAACUCCAUCUCCAUGGCCUCCAAUACCCUGAGUCGCAUCCAGCCAAAUGGGGACUCACGGUUCUGCGUGCAGAGUCUGGAGAGCUUGCAAAACGGAAGCCUGCAGUUAAAUGUCCACUUCAGGUUGCUGGGGGUAUGCGAACGGAUAACGAUGCUGCUGCAGAGAACAGACCACGACGGCGUGUUCACCGUUGACUGUGAGGGGCCAGGCCCAGCCUGCCAUGAGGAGACCACCCUUGCUAUCCGUCCCAGGACGGUCCCGAAUCUGAGUCCCGCCUUCCUGAAGAGACUUAGACAAGCGUGCCAACGAUACGCACUUGGCAGCACAUCAUCACCCUGUCGUCAAAAGAGCCCUGCUGCUAAGAGGAACAGGGCGAUCCCAGUGACAACUGCCCCCCUGAACCCCUUCCCUUCACUCCGCUGGCCCAACACGGCAGCCCCGUACUGCACCGUGGGACAGAGCAAGAUAAGCAGCGUGUGGAACAGCCCAGAGCCUCCUCCCUCUCUUCCCGGCCUUUGUCCUCCCUCAAGGUUAUCAGCAGGGUCAGCCGUGGGUCCAGUGCCCCACCUCGCCAUGGCCUUCCUGCUGCUGACCGUGGGACUGAGCCUGCUCAGCGUGUCCCAAGUCCUGUCUGUGGACCCCCACUUUGAGCACAAAGGCCCUGAAAUCCCCACCGAGGAUGAGAAGCUGAUUGCAGGCAAGUGGUUCUCGGUGGCCUUGGCCUCCAGCGUGCCGGCUCGGAUCCAGCCAAAUGGGGACAUGAGGGUCUUCAUCCACACCAUCCAGGUGAACAGCAGUCACCUGCAGUUCCACCUGCACAAGAAGGAGAACGGUGUGUGCACACCCCUCAAGAUGAUAGCGCACAGGACCGAGCAGCCCUUCCAGUACAAGGUGGACUAUGAGGGCGACAACGUGGUCUACCUGGAGGAAGCUGACCCCAAGAACUUCCUGCUUCUCUGCACCCACAACUGGCGCGACGGGGAGGACAUGGUGUUGAUGGAGCUCUACAUGGUCAAAGCCAAGGUCAUCUGCUGCCCGCAGUCCAUCCCCUCCAUCCCAGGUCCAGGGCCCAAUGGCAACAGAGUCACCACUGCGGGCAGAGCCAAGAGUCUCCGAGAUGACCCCUCAGGGACCUGA